GGCGGCAGUGAGGGUGGGCGGGUGUGCGCCGACGGGGCUCUUGCCCCGCAGCCGAGCCGCGCCGCGUCGAGCCGAGCCCCGCUCCGCUCCUCUCCCCGGUGAUGCGCAGCGGCCGCACCGCCUGACCCCGCUGCCCGCUGCCAUGGCGGCCCCGACCCCCGGCGGGCCGGCGGGGGUCCCGGCGGGGCUGCGGGCCGCCGCCUGGCUGCUGGCGUGCGCCGCGCUGUGCCGCGGCCGCGCCGCCGCCUGCCCGCCGCUGUGCGCCUGCAGCGGCACCACGGUGGACUGCCACGGCUCGGCCCUGCGCGCCGUGCCCCGCAGCAUCCCCCGCGGCACCGAGCGCCUGGAGCUCAAUGGCAACAACAUAACACGCAUCAACAAGAAUGACUUUGCCGGACUGAAGCAGCUCCGUGUCCUGCAGCUGAUGGAAAACCAGAUCAGCAUGGUGGAGCGUGGGGCAUUUGAUGACAUGAAGGAGCUUGAGCGGCUACGGCUGAACCGCAACCAGCUGCACACCCUGCCCGAGCUUCUCUUCCAGAACAACCAGGCGCUGUCGCGGCUGGACCUGAGUGAGAACUUCAUCCAGGCCAUCCCCAGGAAAGCGUUCCGUGGGGCCACCGACCUCAAGAACCUACAACUGGACAAGAACCAGAUCAGCUGCAUCGAGGAUGGGGCUUUCCGUGCCUUGCGGGGGCUGGAGGUCCUGACCCUGAACAACAAUAAUAUCACUACAAUUCCUGUGUCCAGCUUCAACCACAUGCCCAAGUUGCGGACGUUCCGCCUGCAUUCCAACCAUCUCUUCUGUGACUGCCACCUGGCCUGGCUCUCUCAGUGGCUGCGCCAGCGUCCCACCAUCGGGCUCUUCACCCAGUGUGCCGCUCCCGCCCAGCUUCGCGGCCUCAACGUGGCUGAGAUCCAAAAGAACGAGUUCAGCUGCUCUGGACAAACGGACUCAGCACAUGCCCAGCUCUGCAGCUUGUCCUCCGGCUCCUGCCCGGCCAUGUGCACCUGCAGCAAUGGCAUUGUGGAUUGUCGGGGCAAGGGGCUGACGGCCAUCCCCGCCAACCUGCCCGAGACCAUGACAGAGAUACGCCUGGAACUCAACGGCAUCAAGUCCAUCCCCCCAGGAGCCUUCUCACCCUACAAGAAGCUGCGGAGAAUAGACCUGAGCAACAACCAGAUCUCGGAGAUUGCCCCUGAUGCCUUCCAGGGGCUGCGCUCACUGAACUCCCUGGUGCUGUAUGGCAACAAGAUCACGGACCUCCCUAAGGGUGUCUUCGGAGGACUUUUUUCCCUGCAGCUGCUGCUUCUCAAUGCCAACAAGAUCAACUGUGUACGGGCAGAUGCCUUCCAGGAUCUGCAGAACCUCUCACUGCUCUCACUCUAUGACAACAAGAUCCAGAGCCUGGCCAAAGGCACAUUCACCUCCCUGCGGGCCAUCCAGACUCUGCACCUGGCCCAGAAUCCUUUCAUCUGUGAUUGCAACCUGAAGUGGCUGGCAGAUUUCCUGCGUGCCAACCCCGUGGAGACCAGUGGAGCCCGCUGUGCCAGCCCCCGGCGCUUGGCCAACAAGCGCAUCGGCCAGAUCAAGAGCAAGAAGUUCCGCUGCUCGGCCAAAGAGCAGUAUUUCAUCCCAGGGACAGAGGAUUACCAGCUGAACAGUGAAUGCAACAGUGAUGUGAUCUGCCCCCCAAAAUGCCGCUGUGAAUCUGGUGUGGUCGAGUGCUCCAACCUGAAACUCACCAAGAUCCCAGAUCGCAUCCCACAGUCCACAGCUGAGCUGCGCCUGAACAACAAUGAGAUCUCCAUCCUGGAGGCCACUGGCAUUUUCAAGAAACUCCCACAUCUGAAGAAAAUCAACCUCAGCAACAACAAGGUGUCAGAGAUUGAGGAUGGGGCAUUUGAGGGGGCAUCCUCUGUCAAUGAGCUGCACCUCACUGUCAACCAGCUGGAGUCCGUGCGGAGUGGCAUGUUCAGGGGUCUGGACGGGCUGAGGACACUGAUGCUGAGGAACAACCGCAUCAGCUGCAUCCACAAUGACAGCUUCACAGGGCUGCGCAACGUCCGCCUGCUCUCCCUGUAUGACAACCAGAUCAGCACAAUUGCACCGGGUGCCUUUGACACGCUGCAAUCCCUCUCCACACUGAACCUGCUCGCCAACCCCUUCAACUGCAACUGCCAGCUGGCCUGGCUGGGGGACUGGCUGCGCAGGAGGAAGAUCGUGACAGGGAACCCUCGGUGCCAAAACCCUGACUUCCUCCGGCAGAUCCCGCUCCAGGAUGUGGCUUUCCCUGACUUCAGGUGUGAGGAAGGUAAGGAGGAGACCACCUGCAUCCCCCGGCCACAGUGCCCGCAGGAAUGCACCUGCCUCGACACGGUUGUCCGCUGCAGCAACAAGCACCUCAAGGCCCUGCCCAAGGGGAUCCCCAAGAAUGUCACAGAGCUCUACUUGGAUGGAAACCAGUUCACUCAGGUCCCAGGACAGCUCUCCACCUUCAAGUAUCUGCAGCUGGUCGAUCUGAGCAACAACAAGAUCAGCUCCCUGAGCAACUCCUCCUUCACCAACAUGAGCCAGCUCACCACCCUGAUCCUCAGCUACAACUCCCUGCAGUGCAUCCCUCCGCUGGCCUUCGAGGGCCUCCGUUCCCUGCGGCUGCUGUCUCUCCAUGGCAAUGACAUUUCCAGCCUCCCUGAGGGCAUCUUCGCAGAUGUCACCUCCUUGUCCCACCUAGCCAUCGGGGCCAACCCCCUGUACUGCAGCUGCAACCUGCGCUGGCUCUCCAGCUGGGUGAAGACGGGGUACAAGGAGCCAGGCAUCGCCCGCUGUGCCGGGCCCCCCGACAUGGAAGGAAAGCUGCUGCUCACCACCCCUGCCAAGAAAUUUGAGUGCCAAGGCCCACCUGCCCUGAGCGUUCAGGCCAAGUGCAACCCCUGCCUCUCCAGCCCCUGCCAGAACCAGGGCACCUGCCACAAUGACCCCCUCGGCUCCUACCGCUGCGCCUGUCCCAGUGGCUACAAGGGCCGGGACUGCGAGGUGGCACUCAGUGGCUGCUCCUCCAACCCCUGUGCCAACGGGGGGACCUGCCAGCCUCAGGAGGGGGAAGGAGCUGGGUUCAGGUGCCUGUGCCCAGUGGGCUUCGAGGGCCAGAGCUGCCACACCACCAGCGACCCCUGCAAGGAGCACAGCUGCGAGAAUGGGGGCUCCUGUGUGCCCAGUGCCACCAACUACACCUGCCUUUGUCCUGCCUACUACACAGGGGAAUUCUGUGAGCAGCCACCCAAUUUCUGCUCAGACGAGCUCAACCCCUGCCAGCAUGACUCCACCUGCAUCUCCACCAGCCAGGGACCCAGGUGUGAGUGUGCACCCGGCUAUGUGGGGAGCAACUGCAGCGAGGACUUCGACGACUGCCAGGACCACCGGUGCCAGAACAACGCCCGCUGCCUGGAUGAGGUGAAUGGCUACUCCUGCCUCUGCACCGAGGGCUACAGUGGCCAGCUCUGCGAGAUGCCGCCCCACACUGCUGGCCAGCCUGGCCCCUGUGAGCGAGCUGAAUGCCAGAACGGGGCCCCGUGUGUGGAGCGGGGUGCCCGCGCCCUGUGCCAGUGCCUGCCUGGCUUCGGUGGCCCCAAAUGUGAGAAGCUGCUGAGCGUCAAUUUUGUGGACCGUGACACGUACCUGCAGUUCACUGACCUGCAAGACUGGCCCCGGGCCAAUAUCACCCUUCAGGUCUCCACGGCUGAAGGCAAUGGUAUCCUGCUGUACAAUGGUGACAGCGACCACAUGGCUGUGGAGCUGUACCAGGGCCAUGUGAGGGUCAGCUAUGACCCUGGCACCCACCCCAGCUCGGCCAUCUACAGUGCUGAGACCAUCAACGACGGGCAGUUCCACACCGUGGAGCUGGUGACUUUUGACCAGAUGGUGAACCUGUCCAUUGAUGGUGGCAGCCCCAUGACCAUGGACAACUCGGGCAAGCACUACACGCUGAACAGUGAGGCUCCCCUCUACGUAGGAGGAAUGCCUGUGGAUGUCAACUCGGCUGCCUUCCGCCUCUGGCAGCUCCUCAAUGGCACCAGCUUCCACGGAUGCAUCCGCAACCUCUACAUCAAUAACGAGCUGCAGGACUUCACCAAGACACGGAUGACGCCGGGGGUGGUGCCGGGCUGCGAGCCCUGCCGCAAGCUCUACUGCCUGCACGGCAUCUGCCAGCCCUCGGGCGCCCAGGGCCCCGUCUGCCACUGCGAGCCUGGCUGGGACGGGCCCCACUGCGACCAGCCCCGCGGCGGUCCCUGCCAGGGGCACAAGUGUGUGCAUGGGCUGUGCCUGCCCCUUGAUGCCCUCUCCUACAGCUGCCAGUGCCAAGAGGGCUACCAGGGCGCGCUCUGCAACCAGCCUGCUGAACCGCCCGACCCCUGCCGCCACCAGCCCUGUGUCCAUGGCCACUGCCACCUCGCCCCAGGUGGCCAGCCCACCUGCGAGUGCCACGAUGGCUAUACCGGAGCCCUCUGUGACCAAGAGCCAGAGUGCCGCGGGGAGCCGGUGCGGGACUACCACCAGGUGCAGCGGGGCUAUGCCAUCUGCCAGACGACGCGGCCGGUGGCCUGGGUGGAAUGCCGGGGCACCUGCGGUGGCCCUGACGCCAGUUGCUGCACCGGGCUGCGGCUGCGGCGCAGGAAAUACGCCUUUGAAUGCAGCAACGGUGCGACCUUUGUGGAGGAGGUGGAGAAGCCCAGCAAGUGUGGCUGCAGCCAGUGCCUGUGAGCAGCCACCGGCCCUGCAGAGCCGGGGGGCUGGCGGGGAGACCCCCCCGAGCCAAGGACCUCACUUCACACUGCGGGCAUGGUGCUGCUCUCUGGGUGUUCCAAACUGCAGCUGCACCUGAGGAGCCCGGCAGAGGGUAGAGCUGGUGCAUCUAGAAGAUUGGGAAGGAAACAGAAAAAAAAAAUAGAAAAAAAAAAGAAAAAAACCCCACAAACAAAGCAAAUGUGUAGAUAGAGAAGUUUUUUAAGAACUGCAGCUACACAGAUACGUGGAUAUGGAGUGGGCACCUUGCCCAGCUGCCCUGUCCUCUCCCUGUGGCACUCUGCCUCCCUGCCAGUGAAGCCCCACAGCCAUGGAGGGCAGUGCUUGCGUCCUGGAUGCUACUGGGCAGAAAAAUGACAGUGGCUUUGUUUGGCCCGUGGGGUUUGUGUGUGUCACUAUUGAAGACGCUGGUUUGUACUAGGCUGGCGAGGGAGGCGCUGGGCAUCCUUCCGCUGGCAGAGGCUGUAUUGUUUUAGGAGAUGUUUGGUAUUGUCUAUGUUGUCUUCCAUGUGAACAUGACAUUUAUUCAUUCAGA